AGAAGAAGAAGAAGAAGAUGAAUAACCAGUCGCGCGCACAACCCCUGUGAAAUUUGGGGUUUCAGUGUAUCGCUUGUAUGCUCAUAGUUUGCUGUGGUGCAUGUUAUUACAAAUUUACGGGCAUAUUUUCAUCUUCAAGGCCCUGCUUCUUUCAGAAAGCGGAGUCUUCCAGUAAGAAGCUCCAUUCUUUGGAAUCAACUUAGCAGUUGGAACUGAUGAGAUGAGAUGAGAGGAUGCACUCCAACAGGUCUGAUUAUGGUCACAGGGGUCAGUACAGUGAGAGAAGUUCAAGGCAGUGGGAUGACUAUAAUGACAGAUGUGAAGAAAGAUGGGAACCUCACUGGGAUAAAGAGCAGGAUUCCUAUCAUAACUAUGGUAGGGAUGGGCACAGAAGUGCAGAGAGGAGAAGCAGAAGUAGAGAGUACAGUGACUCACCUAAGAGGCCGUACAGCAGAGACUCACUGAACAGAGACUGGAGUAGAAAGAGUCCUGGGAGGAGACGUGUUUCUUCGUCUGAUUGGGGUUCUUCAGAAAAGAAAAAGCGGAGGUUUACAGAGGACAAUGGGGAUGAUAACAGAUACAGGCGUGACACUGAGGAUAACUCCAGCCGCUUUUCUCCUGACAGUUAUUUCCACUUGCAUACAAAAAAGGAUUUUAAAGAUCGCCAACAACGUCAACCACAUGAUGAAGAUUUCCAAUGCAGGAGAAUAACACAAGACUCGAGACCCAAAUACCGGCAUGAGGAAUUCCCUUACAGCCAACAAGAUGAUUCAAUGCGCAGACCAUCGUUUGGAUAUUACAAAGAUAGAGAGAGCCGGGAAAGAAGCUGGGACCGUUCGCAAGAAAGGAGACAAUCGCAAGAUUACUCUACCAAGAAUUAUGUCAACCCCAGAGAGAGGAAUGAAAGCCCUCCUCCAGAAUAUGAGGAACAUCGUCAUGAUAGAGCGAGCUUUCCUUUGAAUGGAUCUGGUGGACAGUCUUUUGAGAGAGAUGUUUCCCACCAAGCCUCUAUUGCUCCUGAGCAGAAGAAGGCCAAGGGUUUCCAACGUUUCCUAGAUGUGCUCAACAAGGGUGUAAAUGUGGACACACUUACCAAAAUAGUGACUCAGAACUGUGAAGGAGAGAGAAUUCGACCACGCUCUCCCAUUCCUUUCAUAGACUCUGAGGACAGACCGUGGUCCCCGACUUGUGCUUGGAUCAAACAUGGACGUUACAGCGAGAGCUUUGGACCUCAGAGACUAGCUUCGCCCCCCCAUGAGCCCUUUAUCCCAAAGAAGAGCUAUCUGUCUGAUGAAGGACCCCUGCGAGGGGUUGAUGGGGAACGCAGUGACUUCAACUCCAGCAGUAGAUCUAGGUCUCCAUCGGUCGUGGAAAAGAUAACUUUAACUCCUGAGGAUGAGCACAAGCACAGGCAGAUGCAGGACGUUUUGCAGGCAAUUGGUAUGAAUUUAGGAUUUGAGGAACUGGGCCAAAUGUCACAUCGGAUCCAGGAGCGGUUAUAUGGAAAGAGAGAUGGCGACAGGUCGGGCUGUCGUAGAAGAAGUAGGGAAAGGAACACGAGGCGAGCAUACUCACCAAGACGUCAAAGCAGAUCAUCAUCAAGUAGAUCAAGUUUUAGUCCAACGACUCAGGAUUAUCACACAAGGAGGGACACAGAUAGUGCCCUGAGGGAUGAAAUACAAGUACAUCAAGUAGAAAUACUUCAAUCUGUGGAGUAUGAGAAGGAAUCUAGCAGUAAAACUUUACAUGAUUGGGAGGACUGUAAAACAAACUCUCAAGAACAAAGGAAUGCCCCCCAAGCAUUCUCUCGAAAUCACACAUACAGUGUGUCAGAGCCAUCUCCUUCACCUGUGAUGCCGGUUUACUCUCCAGUAAACAGCUCACCACUUCCAUAUCCAGCUCAUCCACCCACUCUGCCUCCAGCUCAUCUGCCCUCUCUGCCUUCCUCUCUGCCUCCAGCUCAUCUGCCCUCCCUACCUCCCUCUCUGCCUUCCUCUCUUCCUCCAACUCAUCCGCCCUCCCUACCUCCCUCUCUGCCUUCCUCUCUUCCUCCAACUCAUCCGCCCUCCCUACCUCCCUCUCUGCCUUCCUCUCUUCCUCCAGUUCACCCGCCCUCCCUACCUCCCUCUCUGCCUCCAGCUCCUCCACCAGCUCUGCCCCCAACAUUGCCUCGAGCUUUUCCACCCACUCUUCCUCCAGCCCUCCCUUCUGCUCUGCCUCCAUUUUUGCCCCACGUUGGACCCAGGUUUUUAUUUCCCCGCCAGUCUCCCCUCCUCCCUGGGCCUCGUGUCCCAAAUUUGAAUUUUUUCCCAGGUAUACUCCCUCAAGCGAGGCAUCUAUACCCACAACAAGUUAGCAAUCCUCAACCGCCCUUUUUAAACCUUCCACAUAUGAACCUAAUUAAGCCUACGAGCAACACACAGCAUAAAAAACAGAGGCCUCGCUGUUUGCAGGUCAUUAAAACAAAAAAAGCUGGUUGAAGAUGGCUGCACUGACUUUAAAAGUGAAUGAUACAUUUCUGAAUAGUAUUUUUUCUCCUGUAGAAAAAACUAGGUUAUAAGUUAUUUAGAAAUUGAACAUUUUGGGCUUCAGUGAGUCAAAUCAAUACCACAAAACACAACUUUGGACUUUAUUUCAGAUUAAUUAAAUAUGUCUUUUCAGUGAUCCCCUGAAUCAAUAUUUUAAGAAUAGGGCUGGGCAGUAUGGACAAAACAGAAUAUCUAUUUCAAUUUAUUUCUCCUCUUAAAAAGCAACAAAUGGUUGUCAUAACACCAGAGUUAUAAACUUUUAAAUGAUUUUAGUAAAAAUCAAACAGUACUUGAACAUUUUUUAAAUCACAGCAACAAAAAUAGAAAUCCUAGACACUCAGCAUUGGGCAGUUUUUUGUAUACUAUACAAGCUUUUAGACAAACUUUUACAGACUUUAAAUUGUACCAGAAACAUUGGCUACAUUUCUGUAGUUUGUUAAAAAUGUUACAUUGUUAAAUAUGUUGUGCUUGAAAAUAAUAAAACUUCAGGUAUUUAAAUGAUUUGAUGCAUCUUAAAGUGGCCGGGACACUCUUAGGUGGGAUUCUUAUCUCUGGGGUUUUCCUGGUUAAAGAGAAUUCAAAGAAAACAUUAUAAAAAUAACAAAAUCUUUAAAGUAAUAUUUUAACUAAAAGAGAGGGAGCACUGUCUAAAUUGCAAAAAUAUGUUGGUAAUGUUUAAAAAAAGAUGAAACUGGUGAGAAAAAAGUGUCCAUCAUUGGGUGUCUUGGAGUUCUGUUUUUGUUGCCAGGUCUUUAUAUUGUUAGGUUUUAACUUAAAAGUGAAAUGCUCCUUAAUUAGAUACAUUGCACAAUGAUUCCUCAUUUAGACAUGGCAUUUGAAGAGAUUUUCUCGUGAUCAGUAGCCAUCAGUAAGCAUAUUUAUGGCUUUCUUACUGGAAACCGUCUUUUUUUUCCCAAAUCAAUACACUAUAUAAAUGAUAUUGCCUCACACUUCUCGCUUGAAAAUCAAUUAAUAUAUCUUACAAACUCAAUAUAUUGCCCAGCCCUAGAGAAAAAGAACUUAAUCAGCUUGCAUUUAAUAGUCACAUAUCUGCACAUUUUUGUUUUUAAGGUGUGUCAUUGUACUGGGAAAUGAAGGAGAAAUAUGAAAGGCUAAAAAACAGAAUCUGAAAGCUCUUUGUUAAAUUUCAUCACAGUUCUCCAUAGAGGUCUCCUCCUCUACCAGAGGACAAACCUGUUGAUUUAAAUCCUUAGAAAUACUUAAAAACCUCCCUCAGGAUGUUAAAGGGUGCAAGUUGGGCUGCCGCAAGCUCUUGGGUAUCAUGUACUUAUUUUAAAGUUAGGGCUCUUUGUGUUCAUGAUUUAGAAAGUAAUUACUGUGACUUGAAUAAUCUAAAAAGGUUUCCUCCUCAAAAAAUAAUUGACUGAAUGACUGCAACCUGUUCAAACAGCUUUGUUAAAAAAUAAAUAAAUAAAUAAACUAACGUAAUAUCUCGAAAGCUGUGUUUCCACCAAGCAGUCAGGCUCACUUUGGUUUGUUCAAUAUACAAUUAUUCAUUUCCAAUGUCAGGACUUUGGAAAGGUACCAAAAUAACUGAUCUGUAUCAUUCUACUUUUGUCACCCUUCUUGGGCUACUAAGCAUACCUUCCCAACUCUAAAGGGUGGAAUUAGACUCACUACAGUCUGUUUAUUUGCAGAAAGAAUUUUCACUUCACUUGUGACAGUGGUGAGAAUGAACAAACAAAACAGGCUAUGUUUUGCACUAAGAUGAACAGCUUUUUUCCCUCAUUUCUGUCAUGAACUUGCUUUUACAGGAAAUGGGAAAUGUGUUGAGCUGGCUCCCAUUGGCUCCUUUAUUACAAUUUUGUUAUUUGAUAGACAAAGUCAAAAUGUACCAAAUCAGGAGCGUAAGGGAGUCAAAAGAUGCCUUUUAUCACUGAGCUGAGUCAUAUAAUUUGGAUUUUUACAUAGAGAAGUAAUUCCCAGCACUACAAGUGAGGCUGGAUUGACAUUGGCAUGAUCAGACUUUAAAGUAUCAAACCAAACUGCUAGGUGGAAAUACACCGUAACUGUCUGUGAUCCAGAUUCAAGGGCUGGGAGCCAAUCUUUUCCUGAAUCUUUUCUCCAGUUUAAUUGAUCAAGUUAAGACCAAUGGUGGCAUUACUUAAAACGGGGAGAAAGUAUUUCAGCUGGAAAUGUUUUCAAAGUGCCCACAGAAAGCUUUUGGAUGAGUCAUGAAAGGUUGACUCAAAGUUUGAUGUGGCAUUGUAAAAAAAGGAGGACAUUUUCAAGUUUGAGGUGGCCAUAAUACAAUUAGAGGCAACCUGUCCAGCUUCAUAAAGAUGAGACCAAAUAUAACUGAAAACAGAAUUAGCAUCUUAUGUUUCACCAAGACUUUAUGAUGAUCAAAAGUUAUUGAGAGUCCCAGAUGAUGUUUCAGAUCCAUGCCCAUAGCAGAGUGUUAUGCUAGAGAAAAUUAAGACCAGAAAGUGUUUUCUAUUAUUUCAAACCUUUGUUUUCUUAAUUUUGUCUUUAAAAUAACCAUGCAUAUGUGGUACAUUAUAGAUGCUGUGUGAGUAAUAUUUGUCUAAAGGAAAUUUUGUGGAAACAGGACUUUGUCCUAAUAAAUAAACACCACGGUCUGGUGUUCAGUCUCUUUGGCUUUGGUCAACCUACAAUAAUUAAACCUGCUCUUUACUAAAGCUAUUUGGUUUGUAGGUUGUUACCUAUUGUUUUUUGUGUACAGUUGCAGAGAUGUAUUGUGUAAAUAAUUUAAAUUGAGUAAUAUUAAACACAUUGAUUUGGAGUAAAUGA